CACACAGAUUUAUCCCAAUACUUGGAAAGGCACAGCGGCGGUCUGGACCCCCGCAACGUGCGCCUCUUCCUCUUCCAGCUGCUGCGCGGCCUCGCCUACUGCCACAAACGUCUAGUGCUGCACCGCGACGUCAAGCCCCAGAACCUCCUGAUCAGCGAAAUUGGCGAACUGAAGCUGGCCGACUUCGGCUUGGCCAGGGCCAAGUCCGUGCCCAGCCACACCUACUCCCAUGAGGUGGUCACCUUGUGGUACCGGCCGCCGGACGUCCUACUUGGCAGUACCGAGUACUCCACCUCACUUGACAUGUGGGGGGUAGGAUGCAUCUUCGUGGAGAUGAUCACGGGCAUGGCCAUAUUUCCCGGUGUAAGGGACACCUAUGAUCAGUUAGAUAAAAUUUUUAAGGUAUUAGGUACUCCAACAGAAGAAGACUGGGCUGGCGUCACUAGACUGCCAGGUUACAAACUACAUAGGAUAGGUCAGUACAGGCCCAGACGGUUGGGGCUUUGUUGGCCCAGGCUGCACGAUGUAGUUCACGGCGAAGCCAUGGCCAUGGCCCUUCUACAACUAGACCCCCAAAAAAGACUGGGCGCUGAAGAAGCAAUGACCCAUCGUUACUUUGAUGGGCUACCUAAGAAGCUUCUAGAACUGCCAGAUGAUUCUUCAAUAUUCACUGUUGAAGGUGUACACCUAUGUCCAGAGCAGUAUUCGGGUAUAAAAUGAGGUUGGCCUUGUCUACCUCUCUCAGGAAAAAAACAUCUUUAAGCAAUGACCACAGUCAGUCAACCGUAUCCCUUUACAUACUUGCUUCACGAUUAAAAAAAAAACUUUAAUGACACCUCGUUGUGCACUGCUGUUGCAAUUAUUUUUAUUAUGUUUACUGUUUAGUUAAGGUUAAUAAUAUUUUGAUUAUUCGUUAUCGCGCAUCUUAGGACAAUUAUGCGGUUUCAUUAAAAAAAAAGACUGGAAAAUAUAUUUUCUGAAUGGUUUGGAUAUAACUUGUUGGUUGGCUAGGAAUUUUUCAGUAACGUCCAGGAUUCAACGAAUUUUACAGAAGAAAGCCAUAAGUAUAUAUAACUUACGAACUAAAAAUGCCACAACCGACAAAUUAUUAACAAUGGGGGGACACUAACAUUUAUUUAUUUUUAAAUUAUUGCAAAAUCUUAGUGCAAUUUUAGACAAUUUUACUAUCUUUAAUAUUGUAUAGGGGCCAUUCAGAAUUUUCUUUUUUAAUUAACCAGGAUUUAGUUACCUUUUCUUACGUUAUUUAAGGAAAUUUCUUUGGUUUUUCGACAGUGUUUAUUUCGUUUUUUGGGGGGUAAUUAUUACUCGCAAAAUUACAUCAUAUUUAUAGUUAUAUUUGGAUGAUACCUUCAUAAAUUGUUUAUGUACAAUUUACAAAAUGUAUAUUCUAAAAAUCACUUAAAAUGUUUCAAAAGUAAUUUU